AUGGACAAACCGAUUGUUACUAAUAUGCCAGUAGGUUUACAACAUGAAGCCAGAUGUAUAAUUGAAAGUGCCAUCAAUCAAUUUGAUAGAAAUGAAGAACGUGAAGAUUUUAUUGCAUAUGAAUUCAGUAGAAAGAAAAGUACCAAAUACCGAUGUUCAAUCAGGGACUUAUCAUCCAGAUUAUCCGUAUAUGUAAACACACUACCAGCACUUAGUGAUUGUUUAAUGAUUGCAUUCAGUGUAAAUGGUCAAAUUAUAUACUUGGGAGAUGAAAACAUUCCAUUACCUCCAAAUUAA